CUCGUACAUACCAAUCAUCGCGUUCCAUCAACACCAUUCUGAAUGCUCUCAAUGAAGAGGAGAUUCAGUUUAUCCGACAAUCAUCUUUUGGUAAGCUUGUCGACAUCGCAGAGAAACCCGCCUUCUCCGGUAGAUUUGCCCGAUUCCUUCUCUCAAGACAACUAAAAGUCAGAAAAAAACAUGAAGUUUGGUUCCGAUUCGCUGGAAUGCCCAUAAGAUUCUCGCUCUUGAGAGUUUUCCAUAGUCACCGGUCUUCCCUGUGGCGAGUGUCCCAAGAAACAGAAGCUGAAAAAAAAGAAAAAUAUUAACGACAACCCCUACUAGCCUGAGCUUUUCAGAAGUGUGGAAGAGAUGCGUGUAUCGAGGGCGAUUAAGAUGCUCCGGAAAAAAACCGUCACCGAUAAAGAUAUCCGGAUGAAACUAGCAUGCCUUGCAAUUGUAUCCUCUGUUUUGUUAUCCACUAAUUUGAAGAUGAAGAUGUUGAAGGAACACGCGGAGUUGCUUGGGGACAAGGAAGAGUUCUUUGCCUUCCCGUGGGGUCGGCUUGCAUUUGAUAUGUUGAUGACAAGUAUCAAAAAAAAGGAUGAGAUUUCCCUAUCCCAAAAUUCUAUAGCCCUCAAAGGCUUUCCCCUAGCCCAGCAGCUUGUUAUUGUCAAAGCUGUUCCUUCGCUUACUGAAGUAGUCCAAGAAUCUUGUUCGUCAUCAGAGUCAGACAGCGAUGAAGAUGAUGUUGAUCGCGUGGCAAGUAAGACAAAGAAGAAGACUCUAAGCCCUGGACAUGCUCACGAAGUAGACAAAAAAGAAGAGGUUUUGGGGAGGAGUAUAUUCCCCAAGACCCAGCAAGACCGGUCGACGAGUCUGUGCUUGUAUGGUCUGAUGAAGUUGUUGACGUAAAAAUAGCGUACAUGCUUAGUUACAUUAACGCUAAUCACGUAUUUACAAAGAAUAUGUUCAGGGGAGGGGUUACCAAAGGAAACGUAGAAAGGAUGCGUGAGAAGGCUAAAGCAGCAGGGAAAAAGAAAGCAAUUCCUUCGAAGGCUAAAGAGUCACCAGUUGUCAUGAACGACGAAACAAGAAUAACCUCUAUUGUUAAUGCCAUUCUGCAACCGGAUCUUAAUCGGAUUGAUGGUGAUAUUUCUGCUGUUGUUGCCUCCGUCAAAGAGGUUUCUGGCUGUUCUGUUGCGUACGAAGCAAAGGUUAUUGCAACUAUCGAAGGAAUGCUGAAGUCUUUCAAGACUGAGAUCAUGGCAUCUAGGUCGAGAGUAAAUACUCAAUCACCAGGGUUCUGAUGCCAAAUCUCGUCCCCAGCAAUCAGUCAACCCUUUGGAUGGUACUCAGGAAGACAACAACAAUGGGAAUGAAAUCCUCAGUGCUUAUUCACCUAACUCAAAAACAGUGGACCCUACUCCCGCAAGUGUCGCAUUAUGCUUCUGCGAAAUUUAAAACCUCACUCGACUGGUUAUUUAACCGGUCCUCCACACUUUGUGUACCUUUUCUUCGUGUUAAGCCUACCCCUACCAGAUACAGUGUAUUUACUUUUUCAAAAUUAUCCACAUAUUUU